AGAACAAACGUGUUCAUGUGGUACUUAACGCCUGAUAUAACGCGCCCUAGAUUUGGCGGGCGGCAAAAACCCAACAAUGUUGUGCGUAUCGUCGUCCUAACCGAAUUAACACUCAUUUAAUUAUAAUAAUAUACACGCAGUUCCAGUAGUGAUUUGUUAUAAUUAAAUUUACCGCGGCGCUCACAGGGGUAUGGAAGAUAAGGCGAUUUUGGACAUUUCGGAUUUGCGGUGUACCGAAUCCGAUUCCGGCAGCACGUCGGCACUCGACGGUCUACUUGGAGCGGCCGCGCCUCGUUACAACGACUACGAAUGUGAAGUCAGAAGCCCGUCAGAACGAUGUGACGACAACGACCAGUCGUCCGGUUCGUUGAGUGCCGAUCAAAAUGUCUGCAUGGGCAAUGUAAAGCGGAAACAACGCAGAUACAGAACCACUUUUACAAACUUCCAACUGGAAGAAUUAGAAAACUCUUUUCAAAAAACACAUUAUCCAGACGUGUUUUUUCGUGAAGAGUUAGCAAUGAAAAUUGACUUGACCGAAGCUAGAGUACAAGUAUGGUUUCAGAAUCGCAGAGCUAAAUGGCGCAAACAAGAAAAAAGUUUAAUCGGUCAACAUCAACAACACGAACAAACCAUAAAUCCUUGUUUAUCAGAUAAUCAGAUGUUUGGAACCACUUCGAGCUUGCUUCCUCAGCCCGAUUGGAACAGUUUCUGUUCAUACAACUCAUUUCAGUCGCCCUCGACGUUUGAUAAGGACUUACAAGCAAUCGAUAUCGACAAUGAUCUACUUCGGUUCAAAACUAGAGAAAUUCAUGAAGAUGACAUGCUUAUGACGCCUCCGUCAUAGACAACAGUUAUUGUCAUUCGCCUAUUGGUUAUGUGAUUUGUUGAAUGCAAACAUAUUGUUAAUUAAAAUAUUAUUAUACAUGUAUAGUGUAUACACCUUUU